GGUACAGUAGCGCAUCACACACGGACAGAGAGAGAUCAGCAGAGGGAGAAGUAUUUAUAGCCUGAAGCGAGGCUGCAGCAUAGAGAUAAGGCUUGGGACCAAGGUAGGCAGGCAGACACACACAGGGCUUAACGAAAACAGGACACGUCAAAAUGAAACAUUUGACUUCGCUAGUUUUAUUCGGGGCCGCAGUGGUCGCUCUGGUCAGCGCAGCCGGUACCGAGGGUGAGAUCUCCUUCGAGUACCACCGCUAUGAGGAGCUGCGGAAGGCGCUGGUGUCGGUGUGGCUGCAGUGCCCGACCAUCACUCGCAUCUACACCAUCGGGGAGAGCUUCGAGGGCCGCGAACUGCUGGUGCUGGAGAUGACCGACAACCCCGGGACGCACGAGCCUGGUGAGCCUGAGUUUAAGUACAUCGCCAACAUGCAUGGCAAUGAGGCUGUGGGCAGAGAGCUGCUCAUCUACCUGGCUCAGUACCUGUGCAACCAGUACCAGCAAGGCAACGAGACCGUCAUCGACCUCGUCCACAACACCCGCAUCCACUUCAUGCCCUCCAUGAACCCAGAUGGCUUCGAGAAGGCCGCUUCACAGCCUGGAGAGAUUAAGGACUGGUUUGUCGGUCGCAGUAACGCACAGGGGGUGGAUCUGAACCGUAACUUCCCUGAUCUGGACCGAAUCAUCUACAUCAACGAGCGGGAGGGUGGAGCCAAUAACCACCUGCUGCAGAACAUGAAGAAGGCUGUGGAUGAAAACACCAAGCUGGCUCCAGAGACCAAGGCAGUGAUCCACUGGAUCAUGGAUAUCCCCUUCGUCCUCUCAGCUAACCUGCAUGGAGGAGAUGUGGUGGCCAACUACCCAUAUGAUGAAACCCGCACUGGCUCUACCCAUGAGUACAGUUCCAGUCCGGAUGAUGUGAUGUUCAAGUCUCUGGCAAGGGCCUACUCCAUAUACAACCCAGUCAUGUCCGACCCUAACCGAGCUCCCUGCCGUAAGAACGAUGAUGACUCCAGCUUCAAAGAUGGCAUCACUAAUGGAGGGGCCUGGUACAGCGUGCCAGGAGGAAUGCAGGAUUUCAACUACCUCAGCAGCAAUUGUUUUGAGAUCACUCUGGAGCUCAGCUGUGACAAGUUCCCCAAUGAGGACACACUCAAGUCCUACUGGGAGCAGAACCGCAACUCACUGGUCAACUACAUCGAGCAGGUUCACCGGGGUGUAAAGGGCUUUGUGCGUGACCUCCAGGGAAACCCCAUUUCCAAUGCCAGCAUUUCUGUGGAGGGCAUUGACCAUGACAUCACCACAGCCAAAGAUGGAGACUAUUGGCGCCUCCUGGCUCCAGGAAACUACAAAGUAGCAGCCUCUGCCCCAGGAUACCUGACUGUGAUCAAGAAGGUGGCUGUUCCCUACAGCCCUGCUACCAGGGUGGACUUUGAGCUGGAGUCUCUAAUGGAGAGAAAGGAGGAGGAGCGGGAGGAGCUGAUGGACUGGUGGAAGAUGAUGUCGGAGACACUGAACUUCUGAAGCGUUUGUCUUGCUGAUAAUCAGACCGUCCGCACAUCGAUGUAAUAUAUUCAACAUUCUGUGUGCCCGUCCACUCUAAAAAAAGAAUAUAUUGUCUCUUUAUUUGUUUUGUUCUCUUUCGAUCAUUAUUUUAAUUGAUUAUUACUGUUUAUUAAUGUAAUGGUUUGCCUCAUACUCCUGUAGGAUAUCCUGCAGACAGAAACAUAUACUGACGGACACAGGAGGAAUUUACAGGUAGUUUGAGGACAGUGAGAUCGGUGUUGAUUUCUGUGGUAUUGUGUUCUUUAUCGUACACGUGAUUUGGUAACCAUGGCACCCAUCUAUAUAACCAAUGAGUGACGGUGUAAUUAUGUAUGUAAAAGAGCUUUUUACAUCAUUACCACAUGGCUCUGUCCAAAAUAAUUCAUACUUUUUUCCUGUUUUAAUUGUCUCCGUUUCUCCAUUAAAUACAAACACAAAUGCAACACAGAAAACACCUUUUCGAUUCCAAGUAAUUCAACUUGCACACACACACACACACACACACACACACACACACACUCUCUCUGUUUCUUUCCCUAAACUAUAAAAAAUACAAUGCUAUGGUUUUAAAAUAUGGGACAUUAACACUGUAAAAUCACAGCAAACAUAUUGCAAACAAUCUAUACAGACAAGCCCAUUUCUCUGUAUGUAAUUGAUGUUGAGAUUUUUUUUUCUAAACUGACAGCAGCACAGCUUUGUUUUUAGCACAAGAUGAAUGGUUAUAAUAGCCUAUAUACUGUAUUUAUAAACUAUAGGUAUAGCAAGAAAUGUGUGGUUUUUGUUACUAAAUAAAAAUAGAAAACAAGGCCAUAACACCUAUAAAUCUGCCCACCUUAGUCUAUCCAAAGCCAUUCCUUUGUAUGUUUACUACACAGGAAAUACUGUGGUACAUGAGGAACUGUGGUACAUGUACAAGUUGUUUUUUCAAGAAUAAAUUAACACUAAUCUUGUUUAAAUGAUGUAUGGAUGCAGUUCAUUUGGUUCGAGACCGCAGAAAGAAUAUAUUGAAUGUAUAUCUAUAGAAAAAGUUACAAAUGUAAAGAAUGAACUGAUCAAUAAAACUCCCCUCUUUAUGUUGUCAAA